GGCGAGUGGGAGGGGGUGUUUUGGUUCUCGCCGCUCGCCGUCCUUUCCAGACCUGGCUGUCGGAAAGCUGCUCGGUCCUGCUUUGCCUUCCCCUUCCCUUCCCUUUCCCGACCCGGAUUUUCCCUCCUUCCCUUUACGCGCCUUUCUUUGAUCGGCUGCCGCCCGGGGUCCGGGCCAUUUUCCGGGCCGGGCGCACGAAAGCGCGCGGCCCCGGGCCCGGUAUAUGAUCCGCCGCCCUGCCGCCCCUCGCUUCCUCCGCCCCAUGUGGCUGCGGGGCCACGGCGGCGCUGCCCACUAUGGCCCGGAAAGCAGUUAGCAGGAAGCGGAAAGCGCCUGCCUCGCCUGGAGCCGGGAGCGACGCUCAGGGCCCGCAGUUUGGCUGGGAUCACUCUCUGCACAAACGAAAAAGGCUCCCCCCGGUGAAGAGAUCCUUAGUGUACUACCUGAAGAACCGGGAGGUCCGGCUGCAGAAUGGAACCAACUACUCUCGGGUGUUACAUGGUUACGCAGCACAGCAACUUCCCAGUCUCCUGAAGGAGAGAGAAUUUCACCUUGGGACCCUUAAUAAAGUGUUUGCUUCUCAGUGGUUGAAUCAUAGGCAAGUGGUGUGUGGCACAAAAUGCAACACGCUCUUCGUAGUGGAUGUCCAGACAGGCCAGAUCACCAAGAUUCCCAUUCUGAAAGACCGGGAACCUGGAGGUGUGUCUCAGCAGGGCUGUGGUAUCCAUGCAAUAGAGCUGAAUCCUUCUAGAACACUCCUAGCCACUGGAGGAGACAACCCAAACAGUCUUGCCAUCUAUCGACUGCCUACAUUAGAUCCUGUGUGUGUGGGUGACGAUGGACACAAGGAUUGGAUCUUUUCCAUUGCAUGGAUCAACGAUACUAUGGCAGUGUCUGGUUCACGGGAUGGUUCUAUGGGACUCUGGGAGGUGACAGAUGAUGUAUUGACCAAAAGCGAUGCAAGACAUAAUGUGUCAGCAGUCCCAGUGUACGCUCACAUCACUCACAAGGCCUUAAAGGAUAUUCCCAAGGAGGAUACAAACCCGGACAACUGCAAGGUGCGAGCGUUAGCCUUCAACAACAAGAACAAGGAGUUGGGAGCAGUAUCACUGGAUGGCUACUUCCAUCUCUGGAAAGCUGAAAAUACAUUGUCUAAGCUCCUUUCCACCAAAUUGCCAUAUUGUCGAGAGAAUGUAUGUCUGGCCUAUGGUAGUGAAUGGUCAGUGUAUGCAGUGGGCUCUCAAGCGCAUGUCUCCUUCUUGGAUCCACGGCAGCCAUCAUACAACGUCAAGUCUGUCUGCUCCAGGGAGCGAGGCAGUGGGAUCCGAUCAGUGAGCUUCUAUGAACACAUUAUCACUGUGGGCACAGGGCAGGGCUCCCUGCUCUUCUAUGAUAUCCGAGCACAGAGAUUUCUGGAAGAGAGGCUCUCAGCUUGUUAUGGGUCCAAGCCCAGGCUGGCAGGGGAGAAUCUAAAACUAACUACUGGCAAAGGCUGGCUGAAUCAUGAUGAAACCUGGAGGAAUUACUUUUCGGAUAUUGAUUUCUUCCCCAACGCUGUUUACACCCACUGCUACGACUCGUCUGGAACGAAGCUCUUUGUGGCAGGAGGGCCCCUCCCUUCUGGGCUCCAUGGAAACUAUGCUGGACUGUGGAGUUAAUGACAACUAACUUUCUCCCAAAAUGCAGAUUUACACUAACGUC